UCAAAACAAGCCAAGAAAGUUCAUCGUCACUUACUUCCGUCUUCGCUAUUAACAGCUUUAGUAAAUUAGGUCACCUAUAUUGCAAAGUUAGUAUUCUUUAUAAUUUUAUUUCAAUAUCAGUGACGCCAUAAAGAAACAAAAAGUCAUUUUAACACGUGCUCUUUUCGCGUAUGACAAAUAUUUGGAAAAACAUUUAGAAUUCGCGUCGGGCAAUGAGCGCCAGCGGCGGGUUAUUAUCUUGUCAAUCAAAGACACGGUCCGUUGAGAGCAGUUAAAAAAGAAACCGGGUUACUACAAUCAGAAGCGGUAAGCAGCGCCAUCAGUGACACAGUUUAUUAUUUGUUUUCGUCACCUCUGCAGCUAAUAAAGACGCCGAGCUGUGCAUUUAACCACAGUUGUUAUUACUACCUAUCGGGGGUUGUUGUUAUGUGUUAGCUAAUGGAGUCAAAGUGGCGCUGGGAUGUGGCGCCUUGUGGAGGAAUUUAAAGAAAAAACAAUAAAGCAAUGAUGAAGAAGGUCCCUGUCGUUACAUUAGCAAACCGACUGCUGUAGCUGCAGAGAGGAACACCGGGGAAACAGCGACAUGAAGGCUCGUGUGCCACCAUGGAGGACCAAAGUCAGGUCAUGUGCUGGAUUUAUUUUCCUGGACGGUUGCGAUUGUCCUGUGAGCCAGCGAGUGAACCCACCCCUCCUCUACACCGUCCUCACACUCGAUGCUUUGCAGUGGAGGGUGUUGCCCAUGAAUAAGAAAACACGCAGACUUCUUCGGAUCUGUUCCGCCCUGGCUGGAGACCUUUUGAGAACAUCACAAAGGACUUCAGAGUGAAUAGAGGAUCAUCUCAGUCGAGCUGGAUUCUUGCUGCACACAAGUUAUACGACUUCAUCUUACUGUGAAUGCCCAAGUACAUUUAGCGUCUACAUUUGCUGUUUUUAUGUUGAUAAAGUUCAGACAAGUACUUGGUUUGACAAAGAACAGUUACCUUCUUCGGUGUAUUCAUGCCCGUCAUGAGCGUACCAGCCCAGCAGAAAGCCAACGCCAAAAGAACGGGCAAACGGAUAACAUUUUUUAGCGAUCAAAGUGGCGAUUCAAUGAAGGAGGCUUUACAGCACCCUGACGGGGCAUACUACGCCCCCAGCGGCACCGCCUCAGACCCUGGACAGAGUGAAGCAGCAAGUACCGUGACCUCCAACCCAGAGGGUCCUCACAUGUACCUCAACUCUGUCAUUUUCAGCCCGGAGAAGGGAGACCAGAGCCGGGGUCACUAUCAGCAGACUGUGCCAAUGAAGUGGGCUCACCAGGAGCCCAGUCAGCAGCAGCAGCCUUCCCUGUCCCAGCAACAGAGAGCUGCCUCAUGGACCAUGCCUAACUGGGGGCCAAACUUUGCAGAUUACUCACGGACCCAGAACGCAUUUGCAAAACCCAUGCACGAGACGUCGAGCUUGCAACCACAUCAGCAAGCCACAAACAGAGCUGCGGACAAAUCAGUGGAAACGUACAGAGACGCAGCAAAGUCUCGGGCCCUGGACUGGGAGCAGCAGCAACAGUCGCAGGUCUUUCAGGAGACGCUAAAACCUGGAGUCCUGAACCCUCAGCAGCACGGUGCAUCCCACCCUGCAGGAAGCUCAGUCUUGCAGCCCUUCCAGUUGGCCUUUGGUCAGCCCAAACAGCACCUGCCGGCUUACUACCGGACCUUCCAGGGGAACAGGACAACACUACCCAACCCGCCUAACUACCCUGCAUCUAAUGCUAAACCCUCACAUCACCUGCAGCCCCUGCAGAAUCCAGAACAAGUACAGCGCCAACAACAGCAUCCCGUCAUCCAGCAGCAAAUUCCGCACCAUCCCAUCAUCCAGCACCAACAGGCGCAGCAACAACUGCACCACGAACAGCAGCAACAAAAGAUGCAACAACAGCGGCAGCAGCUGCAGAUUCAGCAGCAAAUGCAACAUCAGCAUUUGCAGGAACAAAACCCUCACAUGCUCGACUAUUACUCUGCUGCGCACAACGCACACCCCCAUCCACAGCCCGUGGUGGUGCACUCCCAGGAGUCCUCUGCUCCAGCUCCCCCAAAGAUCCAGGAACCCAUGAUCCAGGACAUCACACCAGAACCCCAGCAGCCGUUGGAUCCCCUGCAGGCUCCUCUGCGCUCUGAGCCCACCGCGCAGACACAGCUGCGCCGAUCCCGGCGCCUCUCCAAGGAAGGCGGGGCACCGUCCGAAAACCCUUUUCUCCCCGCACCUUUAGAUCCCGCUGGGCUGCAGGGGUCCGAAAAUGGGGCCCGGGACGUCCAGGCGGCCCCCACAGGAGUCAUCCAGAGCACGCGAAGGAAACGCCGCGUGUCCCAGGAGGUCAACCUGGAGCUGCUGGCUCAAGAGGCCUCCGAACGGAAGUCUCCAUCAAACGAGAAGAAUGACGGCCCGGAGGGAGAGAAGGACGAAGAUGGCAAGAAGUCCAAACGACGUCCUCGUCCUGAACCGCUCUUCAUCCCUCCACCCAAACCCAGUUUUUUCAUAGCCCCGCCCAUCUACUCCAGCAUCACGCCCUACCAAAGCCACCUUCGCUCCCCUGUUCGGCUCACCGACAGCGCCAACACAAUGCCCCCGUACACGCCUCCGCCGAUCCUCAGCCCCGUUCGAGAAGGCUCCGGCCUUUACUUCUCUACUUUCCUGUCGACUGCUGCAGCCAGCGGCCCGGGCCUGCCCCCCCCUGCUACCCCCAAAUCAGCCACACGCAGCUUGUUGCGUUCCAACAGCUGCGACAUCACACCACCCAUUUUGUCUGCUAUGAGUGAGACCACUCCAGUCAGCAUUGAGCCACGAAUAAAUAUCGGGUCUCGGUACCAGGCGGAGGUGCCGGAGCUGAGGCAGCGGUCAGCCGUUGAGCUGGAUCACCAUGGAGCGGUGCUGGUUUGGGCUCCACAGAGCGAACUGGAGGAAAAACUAGACUUUCAGAAGAAAGUGGAGGACCUCAUGCACCUGGCCUGCUCCAGUGUUUUGUGUGGAGGAGGCACCAACCAGGAGCUGGCCCACCAUUGUCUGUAUGAAUGCAAAGGGGACAUAAUGGCUGCUCUUUCCAUGUUGAUGCUGAGAGACCCAAUCUUCCCCAAGUCUCAUCAUUUGUCCAGCUACCAUUACUCAGGAUCAGACAGCUGGACGGCAACUGAGAGACGGCUGUUCAACAAGGGCAUUGCUGCUUACAAGAAGGACUUCUUUAUGGUGCAGAAAGAGGUAACAACUAAAACGGUGGCGCAGUGUGUGGAGUUUUACUACUCGUACAAGAAACACGUGAAGUCCGGCCGCAACGGAUCGCUGCUUUUUGGCGAAGCGGAGCCUUUGGAGAGCAGAGCGACUGAGGAGGAGCUGGAGCACAAGGCCUCUCAAAGACUGGAGCCGCAGCAGGAGGGCGACAGCAGGAAGUGGGAAGGUUCAGCUGACAGGAAACAGGAAGUCUGUCCCACCAGGACGACACACACGCUGCCAUCCACUGAGAACCCUGGAACAGUCCUGAUCAUGAAGGGCCAGGAGGACGUGGGCAGAGAGCAGCCACUAUCCAGGGUCAUCCACCACGCUCAGCCACCUCCCCCCAGCGCCAAGCCCCGCUUCGAUGGCAACGCACGCAGGACGAGCCCCUCGGUGGGCAACAAAGGCUCAGUCGGUCCGGAGGGAGAGUUCCCCUGCAAGAAGUGUGGCAGAAUCUUCUACAAGGUGAAGAGUCGCAGCGCCCACAUGAAGAGCCACGCUGAGCAGGAGAAGAAGGCGGCAGCCCUGCGACAGAAGGAGGCCGAGGAGCGAGCGGCGGCGAAGGCAGCCGCCGAGGCCGCCGCCAUGGUGGCGGCGCGGCAGCCGAACGGGACACGACAGCCGGGCAGCGACAGCACCAACGACGACUCGUCGGACAGAGAGGACGAGGACGACGAGGAGUGGAGGAACUAAACUCUUGACUGCACCACACAGGCUCGCUUCACCUGCAGAUGUCUGCUUUUACUUUAAAUAAAAGAACUGAACCUCCAGUGGACUUCAUUUAGCAGAAGCCUCACUGCUGGCUGCGUUCAGGGAGAGGUUUUGGUUUUCCCUGCGAAAGCUGGGAUUGUGUGUUUGGGUUUGUGGGGCAGUGUGUGUGUCUGUCGCUCUCACACACAGGGCUCGGUGAAGUCAAAGCCACGUCGCCGCUUGACUUUGUCCUGUUUUCCUUCCUCAGCACUUUGAGUCCUUGCUUCAUUCCAGCAGCUGCGUUGGAGACGUUGUUUUUUACGGUUUUUGAGCACAUUUGCUGAACUUCCACCAACUGCAGACGCUGAUCUCUGGAGGAGGACUGAUGGACGGCCCGUCCAACCUGUUGCACCUGUGAACCCCCCCACCCCUCAGCUGCCAAAAGCUUUUACAGAAGCAUGAAACUGGUUCUCUGCGUUCAUUUGGGCUUCAGUUUUGUGAAUAUUUACUUUUUCUAGUCCCAGUUUGUUGGUCACUGUCAAUGCCUUGGAUGUUAUGAUGGUUUUUAUUUCAGAAUGACAAUCAAUUUUACACUGUUUGUGUAUUAUUAUUAUUAUUUUUUAUGAAUAUGUACAUAAAAAGGUUGCUUUUUUUGUCUGUGUAGUUACAUACAGUUGCUUUUUUGUGAAUAUUGUUGGUUAUUCUUAUAAUUAUUAUUAUAUCUUGGUUUUGGCUGCAAUUUUAUUAAGCGCUUUUUUCUGUUGUUUUACGUUUAAUUUAAUUUAAGCAAAAAAAAACUUAAGUAAUGCUGCCUGUUUAUAACUGUGAGUGUUUUUGUUUAGUUUUUUUUGGGAGCCUGAAAUGAAGAAAAGACAGAAACAUAUGUGCAAUAGAACAAGUUGAACCCCCACCCACCCCUCCUUUGUAAAAAUAUUUUUCACCUGAGUGUUCGGACCCCCUGUGUUAAACUCAUACACAGCUGCUCUGAAGGCCUUCUUGUAACUGAAAGGAGGUUCUGACUCAGACUGAUCCAGUUCCAGACAACCUUUUCAUUUCAGUAACUUCAGUCUGAAUUGAUAGUUUUUUACAGCGUGCGCUUUCUGCUUUUGUUAGAAAACUUUGGAUUGAUACCAAGGAUCAUUUGCUACAAACUAAACAUCACUUUUUUAAAUCAGUUUGAGGCUUUUAUUUUGAAAUGUAAACAUUCUCUUAUUUUCUGUCAGGAAAUCGUUUCAGCCGAUCAACUGCCAGGCUUUUAGAGAGGCAGAAACAUUAUCUGGCCCUGGAUUUUCCAGGUUUAAAACAAAACUUUUGAUCUUUUAAACUAAACAUAAGCUUCUACUUUCUACCUCAGCCUCGUAGCCCUGACGCUUCUGCCAGACUGUUAUCAGAGGGACUUUUCUCAAACCAUUUUCAGGCUGUAAGCGUAAGAUUUCUGAGCACUGGCUUGAGACGAUCUGUUUACAUUUAUCAAGAUUAUUAUUUUUAAAGAUUUGAAAGGAUUAAGUCUUCCCACGUCUCUGCCACGUUUUUUUGUUUUCCACACCCUCCAAAGCCUGCUGUUGAUGAAUAAUUUUCUGACAGAUGUGGAUGUUUGCUCUGCAAACCAGUCAUCAGUUUCCGAUCAGAGCACUAAAGUGUAGAAGAAAGCUGGAUUUCUGUUGCAGCGCCGCUGUGUUGUGCAGAAACCCGGGCGCCGUGGUGCUGCUGCCUCUGAAGGGCAGCGGGACACAAAAAUACAUCGUUUGUUCUUUUGUGUGGCUUUUAAAGCUCCAGCGUGAAGUCGACAUUUCCAUCCCUGUGACGCCGAUGGGGUCGUCCUGUUUACCUUGUUGCUGGUUGGAGAGCUGGACCACAGAAACUGGUCCUGCUCCCCACGUUAAACCCUGCAGCCCAGCAACACUGGGGUAAAGGUUUUACUUUUUAAAGAACAAACCAUGAGUGGGGGCGGUGGGGGGUCGAUUUGGCUCCAGUUGCUCCACAAGUUAAACCCGAGUCUAUGCACAGACUGUUGAGUGUGUGUGUGUGUGUGUGUGUGUGUGUGUGAGAGAGAGAGGUCUUUAACCGUAUACCAGGAGAAAGAUGUUUUGCAGACUGUUCACCUGUUUUAUAUGUUAAGUUAUAUUUCCCUUCUUUCAUUAUUAUUAUUAUUAUUAUUUUUAAAUUCAGGCUCGUCUCGAGGGGUCAUGUUUCUGGGGUCUCCAAAAAUUUCAAGUUUUAAAACUACGGCUAAAAACACUUUCAGCUGGAACCGUUUCACAUUUCAUCCAGACGAUUAAGGGAAACCGAAGCGGGGGAGGACAAAAGGUUUUAUUUAGCUAAAGAUUAGAAGUAUAUAUACCAGAAUGGAAUUCUAUGUUUGCAAACUUUCUAUGCUAUUUUCAUACGAGGUUCACACUAACGUUGAAAAUCCGAAAGGACUCUCAAGUGCUUUUUACUAUAGUGUAACUUAUUUGUUCUGAUUUGAUUCUUACCACCCGUGUUUUUAGUAAGGAUUUAUCCAAGCACUGUAUAAUAAAGGUUUAAAACAUCC